AUGCCUUUCCUUCGCCGGCGAGGUAAUAUGGCCAGUGAGACGGAUAUUCGACGUCAUGCAACCUUCAACGCGACUCGGCCAUCCGAAGAUGACGAAGAUGACGACGACGAUGAACAUGCUCCCUCUACCUCAUCACCAUCGCAACCUACAAUCUCUGGAGACUCUUACCCCUUAGCUCUACAGGAGACUAACCAAUCCGAGCCACCGGGGAACAUCCCAGAGCCAUCCGUAUCCGAGACUCAUCAGCGCAAUAAUAAGUUCCGCCGAUUCUCCAUAUUGCGAUAUCGAAAUGCAUCUGAUUCUCAGUUGUCUCUAAGAGCAAAGCAGCAGGCAGAAGCCCCGCCUCCUGUUCCACGGCCACCCGCCAUCAUCACCACUGCCCCGACGAACGAUGUCGGGGGCCCGAAAAAAGUGGCAUCCCGUAUGAGUUUAGCGGCCAAGUUUCGCCGCUCCAACGAUAUUGCCAGAGACUACAAACAUGAUUCUUCUAUGGACAAGGCGGCGGACGUUGCCAACAACAGAACCCAACUUUCCGAUGAAAGGGACAAUGCUCCCAUCCUAAUGUCGACUGACUCAGCAUUCCGUCGUCCAUCAACUCAAGCGACAGCGGCAUCAAAUGGCACCUCGCUGAGUGCAUCAAAUAAUCGGCAAUCCGAAUCCUCCAGGUCUGAUGCAAGCUCGGCCGAUGCAGUUUCUCAUCCAAGUCCGCUCACAACCCCGAAAAAAUCCCACAUCAGUACACCAUUCUUCAGGCUUCGCAGAAACAAGAAGCCUCCAGAGCCACUAUUCCCCCUAGCUCACCUCCAACAAAAACAAGCCAUCAAAAAUGGUAAUGUUUCAUCGACGUCCCUCAGCCUUGGGACUAUUCCUCGGCCAGCAUCCUCUCAGAGUGCAACUACACCACGAGCAGUCAACGACGGUGGUGAGGAGAGCCAAAUAUCACAAAGCUCUGCCGCUUCCGCAUUAUUCGUCCGCGGGGGAGGAGAGCGCUCCGGCCAAUCGUCUCCUACACGAGCAAACUUGCUCAGAGGCCGAUCGUCUACCAUGAGCUCAGUUGGUAGAGAUUCCACUGAUGAUCAUCUGUUGCCACCGACCACCCGUACAUCCACAUCGACUGGUCGUAAGAGUUUUGGUGACUUGUUUGGGCUUGGCCGGAUCAGGCAAAAUUCCGAGCUCAGUCGUCAAGGAACAUUGACGCCUGCCACUCCAGGGUCAAUAGCUUCCAAAAGUAAUUCACUGCAGUUACCAAGAGACUCGGUUGUUCUGCCGGAACGGCAAGGUAAUGAGUCUCCCGCAAAGUAUCUGGCCCGUCUUGAGGGUGUAGUGAGUCGAGGAGUAAUUGCGUCGGCCUUGUCGAAAGGGACCAGUGCAUUUUCCUCUGCCGUGCUCAGAAGCUACAUGCGCAGCUUUAGUUUUUUCGGAGACCCAAUGGACAUGGCAAUCAGAAAACUACUUAUGGAAGCAGAGCUACCCAAAGAAACUCAACAAAUAGAUCGCUGCUUGCAGGCAUUUGCUAAUCGAUAUCAUGAAUGCAAUCCUGGCAUCUACUCAUCUCCAGAUCAAGCCUACUUUAUAGCGUUUUCUCUUCUUAUCCUUCAUACCGACGUAUUCAAUAAGAACAAUAAACACAAAAUGCAAAAGUCGGACUAUUUGAAGAACACUAGGGGAGAGGGCAUAUUUGAUGAUAUUCUUGGAUGCUUCUACGACAAUAUUUCAUACACGCCCUUCAUUCAUGUUGAAGACGAUGUGGACUUGGCGAGCGAACGCAUGCAAACGAAUAAAUCCAAGAAAAAGUUACUCCUUUCCGGCAAUGGCACCGAUCCCGCGAAACGUGCUGCCAAAGAACCUAUCGAUCCUUAUACACUCAUCUUAGACGGCAAUUUGGAUGCGCUGCGACCAAAUUUGAAAGAAGCCAUGCAUUUAGAUGACCACUACAAUUACCUAGGAACUGCGACUUGCUUCAACCUUAAAGAUUUGCAGAACACGUUUUUCAAGACUGGAGUCCUCCAGAUUGUAUCCCCCAGAUCUCGGCCGGAUGCCUUCAUGUCAGAAAGGACUGCUAUAAACCCCAAUGACGCUCAUCCCGGAAUAGUGGAUAUCAAAGUCACCAAAGUCGGGUUGCUAUGGCGAAAGGAUGCGAAGAAAAGGAAGGCAAGGUCGCCGUGGCAGGAAUGGGGUGCGAUCUUGACCGGAGCCCAAUUGUAUUUUUUCCGGAAUACGAGCUGGGUAAAGAGUCUUAUCCAUCAGUACGAGCUUCAUCUCAAGAGUGGGCAUGAUGGUAUACCGAUUAUAUUCAAGCCCCCACUAGAAGAGUUCAAGCCGGAUGCACUCAUGUCCACCCAUGCUGCGGUUGCGCUCAUCGACUCUACAUACAAAAAGCACAAAAAUGCGUUUGUGUAUGUUCGACAAGGUGGCCUGGACGAGGUACUGUUGGCAGAUACCGAGGACGAACGCAAUGACUGGCUUGCCAAGCUCAACUAUGCCGCUGCGUUCAGAACAUCGGGCAUCCGGAUGCGUGGCGUGGUCGGCGGCAACUAUGAUGGCCAAGGCCGUCGUGGUAUGCGUCGCUUAGACAGCGCUGAGGGGACGCAACUAGUCCAAACUCCCACGGGUGUAGUUUCAAUUGCUCGGGGGCAUAUUGACUACAAGAUGGCGGAAGAUAUACAAACGGCACGCCGAGAUGGCAUGCAACAGAAAAUUUUCGAGGCCGACAAGAAGGUGGAAGAAUGUCAGAAGCAAUUGGAAGAGCAGUUGAGAAACGCAAGACAUCUGCAGAUCUUAGCCCCAAUCCAGCCGCGAACCAGAGAACAGCUCUUGCUGGCUGCAGCACGUAUGUCCGCACAACUGAAAUGGACUCGAAUGGAAAUUUGGCGCGAGAAAUGCCACCGCGACAUCCUUUCUCAAGACCUUGCAGAUGACGAGACCAUAUUAUUGCCUAAUACUCACCAGUCAGAUUCGCAGACCACUUCGUCCACUCCUCAACCCGUGGUGACUCGAUUAGAGUCGAGGUCUAGGCGUCAACACGUCGUUGAAAGAAGUCCUCAGUCGCCGACAGAUGUCUCGUCAUCACAAAGCCCAAGCACAAGUUGUGUUACCAAAGAUGCCGACUCGCCGACGAAGCCUAGCACCCCUCAAACGCCACCGCAAACUACCAUUAAAGAAGUCACUCGUUCGACGUCUGACACUCAAAGCAUAAGGAAGGGAUCUAUAUCCAGCAUUGCCACAAUGGCUGGACAACCGUCUACUCCUGCCGCUCAAGUCAAAGCUUGUCAGGAUAAAGACGUUGCAGUUUCUUCAAGAACGCCGGAUAGUGGUCAAGACGAUGUAGAUGCUGACGAGCGGGAUUUCUUGAAGCAAGCAGGGCUGUGGGAAGCGAAAUCGAGGCGAACUUCUUUAGAAAAGGCAUCGAUGUCCACAGUAGCUGAAGGCACGGAGUAUUCAGUCCCCACAGACCGAGACAGGAUGGAAAGAAGCAAGAUCAGGCGAAGUCUGCAGCGGACUCUUAGGGAGAGUGCCGGGCAUCUCUCACAUCAUCGCAGCAAGAGGGGUAGAGACGCCGGACAACCAGGUGCUGGUUCCAUGGAGGACGGGACACGAGAGACAACGCUAUCCCGCGGCACUGGUAGCUUUGUGGUUCACGGUAAAAAGGCUUCGGUAAUAAACUUGGGCACGGAGCUGCAAACCUUAUCACAGGAGGAAAAGAUUUUGUCGCGGAAGCAACAUCAGUCCGUGCAACCUGAACCGACGCCUCAGCCGUUUUGUCCUCCUGCUGGUGGAGACGACGCCGAAGACGAUUUCCACUCGGCGCUCGAAACUCCCUCUGAAUCAAACGGCACGAACAGCAGGAGGGGCUCGGUAGCCAGCACAAGCACUGCAACGGCUCGUAGUUUCAGGGAGCUUCACAGGAAAUAUUCGUCCGCACAAGCCGCCAGGAGCGUUUCAGGCGGGAAACUCACCAUCCCACUGGAUGGUGAGAGCGACGCUUCGCUCGGUGUCUCUGAUAGUGGAAAACUACCACAAUCAGCACAAAGGGCACAACAAGAAGCCGGCUCCUUGGGGACGAAUAUGAAAGCAGCUGACAAUUUGCCCUUGGAUAAAAGACUUGAGGGAGACGUCAGUGAUAGCGAUGAGUCGGGAUGUUACGGCGAAGAUACUCUUCUUGAGCCUGAGACCCUAGCAACUCAACCGAUGCAAGUAGUACGAGCCUAA